AUGGAAGACCUGGUGGAAGCUGGAUUGGUGAAAGCCAUUGGAAUUGCCAACUUUAACAAAAAUCAGAUUGAGCAGCUCUUGAGCAAACCUGAUUUAAAAUACAAACCAGACAAUAACCAGAUUGAGAGUCACCCAUACCUUCCUCAAGAAGAAUUGAUUAAAUAUUGCCAAUCCAAAGGGAUCUCUGUCACUGCCUAUUGUCCCCUUGGAAGCCCCCAAUGGCCAUGGCCCAAGCCUGAGGACUUUUCCCUCCUGGAUGACCCCCAAAUUAAAGAAAUUGCAGCCAAACACAAGAAAACCUCAGCUCAGGUGGUGAUCCGGUUCCAGGUCCAAAGAAAUGUGAGUGUAAUUCCCAAAUCUGUCACUCCCCAUCAUAUAGAGGAAAAUUUGAAGGUAAGUGUGGCAUGUUCUGGCCUCUGA